GGCUUCCCAUCAGUACACACGCACCAGGAAUAGUGAGUGAGCACCGAUAUUUGUAAAGGCUUUAUUGGACAACCCUGCAGUGACACCCCUCUGCCAACAUCUCCUUUUCUCUCUCUCUCUCUCGCCUGUGCUCGCGCAGGAGCAGCUGUCAUUGGGUCGAAAGCGAGUGCCCGCGCGCUGCAUAUAGCGAGACUAUCCUGUUUGAAGAUUAUGCUGCAGCUCUUGGCCAUCUUGUAUCAGACAGGAUGAGACGUUGAUAAUGAAAAACUAGACAGAGGAGCACGUUUUUUUUCUGACAGAAUACGGUCAGUGACAGGCGAAUACCACAAAAGGGUGAAGAAAAUCCCGUCUGCCGCUGUGUGUGCUGAAAACACCUCAAACGAGUUGUGGAUUAUUCCGAGGACAUCGUACUGAAACCAUGAGCUGGGGGUCAGAGCUAUGGGAUCAGUUUGACAACUUGGAGAAGCAUACACAGUGGGGGAUCGAAUUUGUGGAGAAGUACACCAAAUUCGUUAAAGAGAGAUCGGAGAUUGAAACCAACUAUGCAAAACAAAUUAGGAAUUUAUCAAAGAAGUAUCAACCCAAGAAGAACUCACGAGAAGAGGAAGAGAGCAAGUACACCUUCUGUCGAGCCUUCCUGACGACACUUAACGAAUUAAAUGACUACGCGGGUCAACAUGAGGUCAUAGCGGAGAACCUGACGUCUCAAAUCAUCAUUGAGCUUUCACGCUACCUGCAGGAGCUCAAGGCCGAGAGAAAAUCGCACUUCCAUGAUGGGCGUAAGGCACAGCAACACAUUGAGAGCUCGUGGAAACAGCUGGAAUCAUGUAAAAGAAGGUUUGAGAGAGACUGCAAAGAGGCAGACAGAGCACAGCAAUACUUUGAGAAGAUGGAUGCUGACAUUAACGUGACUAAGGCUGACGUGGAGAAGGCACGACAGCAAGCUCAGAUGAGGCACCAGAUGGCUGCUGACAGUAAGAGCGAUUACUCCGCCUACCUGCAAAAGUUCAACCAGGAGCAGAAUGAACAUUACUACACAGUUAUACCCAACAUAUUCCAGAAACUUCAAGACAUGGAGGAGAAAAGAAUUGACAGGAUAGGAGUGUGCAUGAAGACAUUUGCGGACGUGGACCGCCAAGUGCUGCCCAUCGUGGGGAAAUGUUUAGACGGCAUGACGAAAGCUGCGGAGUCCAUCGAGCCCAAGACUGACUCGAAGCAGGUGGUGGAGUCCUAUAAGUCUGGGUUCGAGCCCCCAGGAGAUGUGGAGUUUGAGGAUUACGGCCAGGCCAUGAAGAGGACGGCGUCUGACACCAGCCUGUCCAACUCCAGAGAUGUCAAGGAGAAGCCCAAGGAGAAGAGCAAGGGCAAACUGUGGCCUUUCAUGAAGAACAAGAACAAGCUUAUGUCCCUGUUAACGUCCCCCCACCAGCCCCCACCUGCCCCCCCAGCCUCAUCCCCGCCCUCACCCUCUGCUGUUCCCAACGACCCCCAGUCUCCCAAGCAGCACAAGGAGCCCCUCUCCCACCGCCUCAACGACUUCAUGACCUCCAAACCCAAAAUGCACUGCCUCCGGAGCCUGAGGCGAGGGCUUUCUCUCAAGCUGAUCACACUCAAUUCCCACGUCCGGAAUCUCAUUGAGGGCUCCGGACCAGAGGACUUCAGCCACCUGCCACCAGAACAGAGGAGGAAGAAGCUGCAGGGCAAGAUAGAUGAACUCAAUAAGGACAUUCAAAAAGAGAUGGACCAGAGGGAUGCUCUAACUAAGAUGAAAGACGUGUAUGUGAAGAACCCUCAGAUGGGAGAUCCGGCCAGUGUAGACCCUCGGCUAUCAGAAAUAGGCCAGAACAUCGAGAAACUUCAGUUUGAAGUGCAGAAAUUUGAGGGCUGGUUAGCAGAGGUGGAGGAAAGGAUGCCAUCCAAGAGCGAUACACACCGGAGAAGUGGACUCUAUGAGACCCAGAACAACACAACAGUGAGCACCAACUGUGCACAGGACAGAGAGAGCCCGGAUGGCAGCUACACAGAGGAGCAGAAUUCAGAGACUCAGGUCAAAGCAAACAUCAACCCCAUCCCCCCCACCUCCACCACGCCAGAGUUUGACGAUGAGUUUGAUGAUGAGGAGACCCUGCCCACCAUCGGCACCUGCAAAGCCUUGUAUCCAUUUGAAGGUCAUAAUGAAGGCACCAUCUCAGUGGCAGAGGGCGAGCUGUUGUACGUCAUAGAAGAGGACAAAGGAGACGGCUGGACACGAGUGCGCAGGAACGAGGACGAGGAGGGAUAUGUCCCCACAUCCUACGUCGAGGUCUUUUUGGAAACAAAUGCCAAAGAUUCCUAAAAGUGUGAGGCUGGCUGAGGAAUGGCAGGGCAAGCAGCCUCGGAGAAACCACCAUGUUCCUCACGCGCUCACAGUCAGAAAGUGACAGAUGACCCCGAAUCUAUAAAGAGAAAGACGGCCGAUUUAGUACGCAUCUCAAUUUCCAAACCAUUACAAAAACUUAUCGGCAGCGCUGUGCUUCCCCCGCAGAACUCUGCGAUGUGAAGCCACGAUAAGAGAAAUCCAUCUAAAUUAUAGAGCUCAUAACCUUUUCCAUUCUUAACACCCAUACAGCAGUCACAACCACAGUAUCCAAUUUGCUUUGUGUUGUUUUCAGCAAAGCUUUGCUUCUUAAUGUAACUAACUCCGCUUGCACCACGCGCGGUCAUGAACGUGGCUGUUGGCUUCCUCGCUCUGAACGCCCCCCCUACCCGCUGGCUCUGCCACUUCUCUUUCUCCUUACCUUUGCCCCCAUUGCACACACACACAUGGCAGAAGGUGUGGUCAGAGACAGGACGGAGACCAGCGGGAGCCUUACGGACACGAACACCUUCAUCAAGCGGUGUGUAUGUGUGUGAGUCAUGAACUCCUCACUCACUCUCUGACUCAAAAAAAACAAAAAAACACCCAGGGCUCAUCUACCUUCAUCUGGGGCUUUAAAUAUCUCACCCUCCCACUAAAAUCAGCUCCAUAUUUGCAGGUUUCAGAAGAAGUAAAGGUGCUAAUCAUCUAUCUGUGUGUUCUGUACUUCUGGUUUAUGUUCUGUGUUUGUCUGAGCUGAAUGCUUGUACGUAUGUCCUGUUCUAAAAGUGUUGUAAUGUCCCAUUCUCUCCACACCACCACGAUCACCCCUACAUAUCCAGGAGCAACUGGGGGGAAAAUGGAUCGUUCACCAUCUGUCUCAUUCUACACUUCCUGUCUUGUCACUGGUGUCUCCUCCUCUCUCUGACCACACCCUCCCUCACCUCCACAGCCCUUGUCCCAAUGCGGCUCAGGCUAUCCCUUGGCUGCUUUGAGCGGAGCGCCCUCCCACGCCUUUUUUUUUUUUUUUUUUUUUGCAACGGGGGGCCUCUCAGCGUUGUGGUGUGCUGCAUGCUUGCCCUGUCUUCCUCCUCGCCCCUCUGCUGGCAACCUGGAGUAGGUGGUUGGGGUGUUGGGUCAGCUUACACCCCCUCCUUGCCUCCAGCCUUUCUGUUCAGUUAACCCUCAUUGCCUGGUCGUACUGUUUGAAUUAACCUGAAUGCUACUGUUUGGGUUCGGUGCCUGUGGUUCCUUUUUUUAUUUAAUAUAUCUCUUUUCUUUUGGUUCAGAAAGCAUGUUUUUUAACAGCGAGCGAGUGAUCUCCUCCCAGUGUUCCCCAGUUUACUCUCAAAAACUGUCAGUAAAGGACGAUAGGGACCCGAAACGUUGCUUUCUGAAUGAUCUUAUGCAUAGCUAGGUCAUGGAUGUCUUGUGCAUUUGUUUUACUGUAAGUACACAGUACGGUAUGUUUGUAAAAAAAAACUGUUAGUAUUGUUAUGUUUUGAUCAGAGUGUCUAACGCAAGUUGUUGUUAGUUUACAGUUAAUCAGCCUUGUGGAAAUGUCUCCACUCGGUCCAAGCAACCCAAAAAUACAACCUAUGAAGAUAUGAUUUACACCUGAUGUUAACUGUCUACUGUAUAUGAAAAUAUACUGUGAUCCAUAUUUUCCUGUGAGUUUGUGACUGAAUUGUGACCCAGAAUCACCUGUUUUUGGGCCUUAACUCUGAGAGAAAGGAUGAUGUCAGCUGUGGUAUGAUGGAAGAAUUAAGAUGUGAUUAUCUCAAAAAAGUUUGGGGGCAAAUUUCAGAGUUUUUAUAAUCAUACAAUAUGUCCACUGAUCCCCCCCUUCUGCUCAACGGCACAUAAUGUACGUGAUUUUAACUUUUUUUUGUUUUAUAUUUGAUGAUGAUGAAAUCAGCUUUUUUUUUCUUUUUUUUUUAAAGCUGGAAGUCUAUGAUGUAGCUUAUUCUGCCUGAAUGGGACUAAAAUCCCUUAACUGCAAAUAUGAGUAACAAUGAAAUUGUUUUGAAUGAAGCCAUUCUCACAGAUUCAUCUGAUGCAGCAUGUUACGAACACUUCUCAAACGCAGGAGUGACGAACAUAUUGACCAUCUGGACUCUUGAUGGAAGGAAUGAUCAAAUCUCUGCUGAAUCAAGCCUAAAAGUACCAUGUUUGCUUUUCCACCACCCGUCGCCCGCUAUGUCGAGAUAUCAAACAAGCCACUUUUGUUCAUUACAUUUUUUUUUGUUUUCAGUGAUAAAUCUGAUGAGGCGCAGUUCACCGCUUUGAGCGCAGCAGUAGCUUUAUAGUAGCCAUCUGCCUGCCAGUGCUCUGCAGUCAGACCACCACAAACCUUUGAGUCGAUGCCCCAGAAUAACCUGCCUGUACAGCGGAAAUGGCACGUUGGAAUUAGAGAGAAUAUAUAUGAAUAUAUAAAUAAAGUUUAAAAAGGAAAACAUCUAUUUUAACUAUUGAGAGUCUUACCAUUACUUUAUCUGCUUUGCAAGGUAAGACUUUUUUUCCUUUGUAAGGUCUACCAAAUGGUGUGUUUUUGCACUUUUUCGUUUGUGUUCCAUUUGGUAGCCCAUGCUUGUGUUUUGGAGCACUGAAUACUUUGUAUUGUGUUUACCGUGCCAAUUAAAUAUGCCUGGAAAGUUAA